GCAGCUGAUCUGCUUUCUGCCACUAUAGGGGGUAAAGAUAUUUCCGUCAUGGCUCAUUCAAAGACUAGGACCAAUGAUGGGAAAAUUACUUAUCCUCCUGGUGUCAAGGAAAUCUCAGAUAAAAUAUCUAAAGAGGAGAUGGUGAGACGGUUAAAAAUGGUUGUGAAAACUUUUAUGGAUAUGGACCAGGACUCGGAAGAAGAAAAGGAGCUUUAUCUAAACCUAGCUUUACAUCUUGCCUCAGAUUUUUUCCUCAAGCAUCCUGAUAAAGAUGUUCGCUUACUGGUAGCCUGCUGCCUUGCUGAUAUUUUCAGGAUUUAUGCUCCUGAAGCUCCUUACACAUCUCCUGAUAAACUAAAGGAUAUAUUUAUGUUUAUAACAAGGCAGCUAAAGGGACUAGAGGAUACAAAGAGUCCACAAUUCAAUAGGUAUUUUUAUUUACUUGAGAACAUCGCUUGGGUCAAGUCAUAUAACAUAUGCUUUGAGUUAGAAGAUAGCAAUGAAAUUUUUACCCAACUCUACAGAACCUUAUUUUCAGUGAUAAACAAUGGCCACAAUCAGAAAGUUCAUAUGCACAUGGUAGACCUCAUGAGCUCUAUUAUUUGUGAAGGCGAUACAGUAUCUCAGGAGCUUUUGGAUACAGUUUUAGUAAAUCUGGUACCUGCUCAUAAGAAUUUAAACAAGCAAGCGUAUGAUUUGGCAAAGGCUUUACUGAAGAGGACCGCUCAAGCUAUUGAGCCCUAUAUUACUAAUUUCUUUAAUCAGGUUCUGAUGCUUGGGAAAACAUCUAUCAGCGAUUUGUCAGAGCAUGUUUUUGACUUAAUUUUGGAGCUCUACAAUAUUGAUAGUCAUUUGCUGCUCUCUGUUUUACCCCAGCUUGAAUUUAAAUUAAAGAGCAAUGAUAAUGAGGAACGUCUACAAGUUGUUAAACUACUGGCAAAAAUGUUUGGGGCAAAGGAUUCAGAAUUGGCUUCUCAAAACAAACCACUUUGGCAAUGCUACUUGGGCAGAUUUAAUGAUAUCCAUGUACCAAUCCGUCUGGAAUGUGUGAAAUUUGCUAGCCAUUGUCUCAUGAAUCAUCCUGAUUUAGCAAAGGACUUAACAGAGUAUCUUAAAGUGAGGUCACAUGACCCUGAGGAAGCUAUUAGGCAUGAUGUUAUUGUGUCUAUAGUUACAGCUGCUAAAAAGGAUAUUCUUCUGGUCAAUGAUCACUUACUUAACUUUGUGAGAGAGAGAACAUUAGACAAGCGGUGGAGAGUGCGCAAAGAAGCCAUGAUGGGACUUGCCCAAAUUUAUAAGAAAUAUGCUUUACAAUCAGCAGCUGGAAAAGAUGCUGCAAAACAGAUAUCAUGGAUCAAAGACAAAUUGCUACAUAUUUAUUAUCAAAAUAGUAUUGAUGAUCGAUUACUUGUUGAACGAAUCUUUGCUCAGUACAUGGUUCCCCACAACUUGGAAACUACAGAACGGAUGAAGUGCUUAUAUUACUUGUAUGCCACACUGGAUUUAAAUGCUGUAAAAGCAUUGAAUGAAAUGUGGAAAUGUCAGAAUCUGCUCCGACAUCAAGUAAAAGAUUUACUUGACUUAAUCAAGCAACCCAAAACAGAAGCCAGUGUCAAGGCCAUAUUUUCGAAAGUGAUGGUUAUUACAAGAAAUUUGCCAGAUCCUGGUAAGGCUCAGGAUUUCAUGAAGAAAUUCACACAGGUGUUAGAAGAUGAUGAGAAAAUAAGAAAGCAGUUAGAAGUACUUGUUAGUCCAACAUGCUCCUGCAAGCAGGCUGAAGGUUGUGUGCGUGAAAUAACUAAGAAGUUGGGCAACCCCAAGCAGCCUACAAAUCCUUUUCUGGAAAUGAUCAAGUUUCUCUUGGAGAGGAUAGCACCUGUACACAUAGAUACUGAAUCUAUCAGUGCCCUUAUUAAGCAAGUGAACAAAUCAAUAGAUGGAACAGCAGAUGAUGAAGAUGAGGGUGUUCCAACUGAUCAGGCCAUCAGGGCGGGUCUUGAACUGCUUAAGGUACUCUCAUUUACACAUCCCAUCUCAUUUCAUUCUGCUGAAACAUUUGAAUCACUGCUGGCUUGUCUGAAAAUGGAUGAUGAAAAAGUUGCAGAAGCUGCACUACAAAUUUUUAAAAAUACAGGGAGCAAAAUUGAAGAGGAUUUCCCACACAUCAGAUCAGCUUUGCUUCCUGUUUUACAUCACAAAUCUAAAAAAGGACCUCCCCGUCAAGCCAAAUAUGCCAUUCAUUGUAUCCAUGCAAUAUUUUCUAGUAAAGAGACUCAGUUUGCACAGAUAUUUGAGCCUCUGCAUAAGAGCCUAGAUCCAAGCAACCUGGAACAUCUCAUAACACCAUUGGUUACUAUUGGUCAUAUUGCUCUUCUUGCACCCGAUCAGUUUGCUGCUCCUUUGAAGUCUUUGGUAGCUACUUUCAUUGUGAAAGAUCUUCUCAUGAAUGAUCGACUUCCAGGAAAAAAGACAACUAAGCUUUGGGUUCCAGAUGAAGAAGUGUCUCCUGAGACAAUGGUCAAAAUUCAGGCGAUUAAAAUGAUGGUUCGAUGGCUACUUGGAAUGAAAAAUAAUCACAGUAAAUCAGGAACAUCUACCUUAAGAUUGCUAACAACGAUAUUACAUAGUGAUGGAGACUUGACAGAACAGGGGAAAAUUAGCAAACCCGAUAUGUCACGACUCAGACUUGCCGCUGGGAGUGCUAUAGUGAAGCUGGCGCAAGAACCCUGUUACCAUGAAAUCAUCACUCUAGAGCAGUAUCAGCUAUGCGCAUUAGCUAUCAAUGAUGAAUGCUAUCAAGUACGACAAGUAUUUGCCCAGAAACUUCACAAAGGCCUUUCUCGUUUACGGCUUCCACUUGAGUACAUGGCAAUCUGUGCACUUUGUGCAAAAGAUCCUGUAAAAGAGAGAAGAGCUCAUGCUAGACAAUGUUUGGUAAAAAAUAUAAACGUAAGACGCGAGUAUCUGAAGCAGCAUGCGGCUGUUAGUGAAAAGCUGUUGUCUCUUCUACCAGAGUAUGUUGUUCCAUAUACAAUUCACCUUUUGGCACAUGAUCCAGAUUAUGUCAAAGUACAGGAUAUCGAACAACUUAAGGAUGUUAAAGAAUGUCUUUGGUUUGUUCUGGAAAUAUUAAUGGCUAAAAAUGAAAAUAACAGUCAUGCAUUUAUCAGAAAGAUGGUAGAAAAUAUUAAACAAACAAAAGAUGCCCAAGGACCAGAUGAUGCAAAAAUGAAUGAAAAACUAUACACCGUGUGUGAUGUUGCCAUGAAUAUCAUCAUGUCAAAGAGUACUACAUAUAGUUUGGAAUCUCCUAAAGACCCAGUAUUACCAGCUCGUUUUUUCACUCAACCUGACAAGAAUUUCAGUAACACCAAAAAUUAUCUGCCUCCAGAAAUGAAAUCAUUUUUUACUCCUGGCAAACCUAAAACAACCAAUGUUCUAGGAGCUGUUAAUAAGCCGCUGUCAUCAGCAGGCAAACAGUCUCAGACCAAAUCAUCACGAAUGGAAACUGUAAGCAAUGCAAGCAGCAGCUCAAACCCAAGCUCUCCUGGAAGAAUAAAGGGGAGGCUUGAUAGUUCUGAAAUGGAUCACAGUGAAAAUGAAGAUUACACAAUGUCUUCACCUUUGCCGGGGAAAAAAAGUGACAAGAGAGACGACUCUGAUCUUGUAAGGUCUGAAUUGGAGAAACCUAGAGCCCGGAAAAAAACGCCUGUCACCGAUCCAGAGGAGAAAUUAGGUAUGGAUGACCUGACUAAGCUGGUACAGGAACAGAAACCGAAAAGUAGUCAGCGAGGUCGGAAAAGAGGCCAUACAGCUUCAGAAUCGGAUGAACAGCAGUGGCCUGAGGAAAAGAGGCUCAAAGAAGAUAUAUUAGAAAAUGAGGAUGAACAGAAUAGUCCACCCAAGAAGGGAAAAAGGGGCCGGCCACCAAAACCUCUCGGUGGAGGUACAGCAAAAGAAGAGCCAACAACAAAAACUUCUAAGAAAGGAAGCAAAAAAAAAUCUGGGCCUACAGCUGCAGAAGAAGAGGAGGAAGAAGAAAGGCAGAGUGGAAAUACAGAGCAGAAGUCCAAGAGCAAACAGCACCGAGCGUCACGGAGAGCACAGCAGAGCAGAGCAGAAUCUCCUGAAACUAGUGCAGUUGAAUCCACACAAUCCACACCACAGAAAGGACGAGGAAGACCAUCAAAAACGCCAUCACCAUCACAACCCCCCAAAAAUGUCCGUGUAGGACGCUCCAAACAAGCAGCUACUAAAGAAAAUGACUCAAGCGAAGAAGUAGAUGUGUUUCAGGGCAGCUCGCCUGUCAAUGAUGAUAUCCCACAGGAAGAGACAGAGGAAGAGGAAGUUUCUAUGGUAAAUGUACGGCGGAGAAGUUCUAAAAGGGAAAGGCGAUGAACAAAAGUAAUUAUUAAGUUUUUCUGUGAAAGCUUUGGAAAAAUCAUUUUUUGUCAAGCUUGAGGCUGAAUAAAGCCCUUGAUGCACAAAAUGGGACUGCUGAAGAGUGGACAGUUGGACCUUACUUUGGUGACCCCAUGUGUUUGUGGUCACAUGCUGUAGCCAUACGCAUGAUAACAUUGACUAUGGAGUCUUGUGAAAGUAUAAUGUGCGAUGGCUGUAUAGACAUAAACUAAAGAAGAAACUUGUAAAUAUCUUUUCUUUUCUUUUUUUUAAUGUUUCUGACUUCUAAAGUGCUUGUAUAGCUUUUAUCUGCAGCUUUAAACUGACAGUGCCCGACUGUUUAUUGGAUCUAUUGAUUUGAAAAGAGUUUGUUAGGAUAGAUCUUAAGCAGUAAUCUGUCAGUGUUUGUAUUUGUAUUCUCUGCAAUUUUACUGUGAAAAAAUUUUUUCAACAACUAGUGUCAUUUUCUUGAUGUCACUAUUUGUUGGAGAGUUAAAUGGUCUCUUCUCCUUGUGUAUCUUACCUAGUGUUUACUCCUGGGCACCCUUAAUCUUCAGAGGUGCUAAAUUGUCUGCCAUUACACCAGAACGAUGCCGUUGAUAGGAGGACACCAUGCAGAUUGUGAAAUAGUCCUGAAGUUGUUUAAUUGCUUUACACCUCAGUAUUGGUCCUAGAAUUUUCUGGCCUUUUAUGGCAAUGAAAAUUUUAAAAAGAAAGAGAUUUAAAAUAUUUUAAUUUUAAAGAGUGUGUUAUAAAAUAAUGUACUGAAUUCUUUAUCCCAUUUUAUCUUCACUUUUCAUUAAUCUACUGUAUCAAUAAAAUUCUGUAAUUUGAAUGAGUUUUUAAUAGUCUACAAUGUUAUUGUGUAUAGAUAUUUCCUCUUGAACAAUAUGUUUGGAAAAAGCAAAUUAUUACACUAUAAUAAAAAACCUGAUAUAUACACGUUAGAAAAAUUCCAGUUCUCCCUAACAGUGUAAAGUUAAUCAGAAAGAAAAAUUUUAUUGAUGCAGUGUGUCUUUAUAAAGCUGUUCUUGAAAGCCAAGUGUUUUGUAUUUUAUAGUGAGUUGCAUGUUUAUGAAAAAAAGUGCUGAAAAUGGGAUGUGCUUUUUUCUGUAAAUUCAUAUUUAGUCAUAGUAUAUGAUAGAUUGCCCCAUAACAUAGUUUUUCAUCAAGAGUUUAUUAUUGUACUUUAUUUUGGAGCCAAAUAUCGUUUUGGGGGACAGGGACAGAGUAGACGUGAUACAUCCAACUAUAUCAACUACUGUGGUUGUCACGAUCUUAUGAACACUGAAUGAAAUUUCACUUUGUCCAGACUGGAAGAAGUGGAAAUUUAUUCGGAUUUAGAACAGGUCUUUUCUUCCUUAAUUGUAAUCUGCAAAAUAUAGAAACAAAUUACUUAAGGCAGUAUCCUUUAUAUAAUUGUAAAACUGUAUUUUGAACCAAAACAUAUAGGUUACUACUUAAUGCUUACCUAAAUUCAUUUUGGUAUUUUAGGUGAUGUUCUUAUGUUUUUUUCAUGGUUAACAUCACUAAAGAAAAUCAUAUUCUAACUUAUUGAAUUUAUCACAUUGAACAAUGGAGCAUUUUCAUAUAACACACCAUUAUGUUUAAGGUAUAUUUCCAAGAUUGGCUAUAAUAGAGGGGGGCAUAUAAUAAAGAAAUUACUAUUUUGGAAAAUGACAUUUUACUAUUGUCCAAUGUAUAUCGAAAUUCUUGUGAUUGUUUUUCUUUUGAAGAUUUCUUUAUGUUUAUGGAAUGGCCUUUUAUUUUUUAAAAACUGUUUUGAACUGUGACUUAAUCUCUCAGUUUCAAGCUAUUCUUCAUUGGCAACAAUACUGACACUAGUGAUUAUUGGAGGCUGCUCUAUAUAUCAAGACAGCUAAGGUUAGGUCAAGAUACGUUGGUUUUUAAAUGUCAUUAGCUCAGUUCUCCCAAACACACCAUUUCUAUUUCACCAGUUAAAAGGCAUGUUUUAAAAUCUAUAACAUAAAGAAUAAGGGAUAGCUUUGUAUUUUUGUUGUUGACUAAAUUGCACCAGAAAUGUUUAUGGACAUAUAUCUUUAAGACCAUUUUAUAAAACAUAUGAAAAAAUAUUGUGAAGGAUUUUUAUUUGCAUGAUCAUAGUUAACCAAAUUUCACUGCACAUUAAUGCUGUACAUCAGUUCACAAAAAUGUUUGUUUGUUUAUGUUAAAUGCCAAUGCGUCUGUAAUUUUACAAACUGGUUAUUUUUUGGGAGGAUUAUGAAGUAAAUUUUUCAUUUUUCUGUAGAAAAAAUAGGUGCAAUAAUGAUCAAAAUUUUAAUGUCUCUAUCUUAGGGAAUUAUCUUACUAUGUUUAAACUUAACAUUUCGUGUACUAACAUUUGGAGAGCCACAUACUUUAACUACAGUAAAAUUAAGUAUGUAUAAAACAUUAAUUGCUAACAGUUGUUAGCAAAGUAUUCAGCGAUAAUGUUCAUUUUGAAAAUAUGUACUGUAUAACAUUAAGAAAAUAUUUAGCUCACUGUAACAAGUUUCAUUUUGAAAAUCUCAUUCCUCAGUGAGAUUAUCUUGCUGCACUCUGUAGCAGAUUUGUUUAAUCUACAUUAUAAAAUUUCUUGCUGCAGUGCAACAGGAAGCUUUUUCAGUGAUCUCCACUGUAUAUGUACAUUACAAAUGUGGCUGUAAAACUUGUUCCAGGUAUUAAAGGUUAAAUUACUUUCUAUAUCUUUUUAUGACUUGUAAGUUUGAUUUUUAAAAUUUCCUUUUGCCCACCUGGAAGAAUGUCAGGAAUUUAAAGAAUUUGUUUAAAUUAAGCAUAUAUCUGCUACCACAUAGUAUUAUGUCACCAUAAUGAACAAUUGGUAUUUAAAUAGAUAACCAGUUUUCAGAUACCUUUUUUUAAUUUCCUGUGACAUUGAAUAAACAUGAAAGCUAAUAAAA